AUUUCAUUUCUUUUUCUGAAUUUCGCGCCACCUUCCUCCGUUUCGUCCUUCAGCAGGAAACGGUUCUACUCUGACUUAGGCACCUUCAAUUCAACCAACAACAAUGCUCGCAACGCUUAAAGCGGAAGAACAAAGCCAACAACUACAGCUCGUUGAGCGCGAAGAUAUCGAGGAUGAAGACGACUUGUUCGAAGCGAUUGAUAAACUGACUUCUCAUGGAAUCAAUGCUGGAGACGUGAAGAAGCUUCAGGACGCAGGGAUCUACACGUGCAACGGUUUGAUGAUGCAUACGAAGAAGCACUUGACCGGGAUAAAAGGUUUAUCUGAGGCAAAGGUUGACAAGAUCUGUGAAGCUGCCGAAAAGCUAGUGAAUUUUGGUUAUAUCACUGGAAGCGAUGCUCUGCUCAAGAGAAAGUCUGUGGUUCGCAUUACGACUGGAAGCCAGGCUCUCGAUGAACUCUUAGGAGGUGGUAUUGAAACUCUAGCGAUUACGGAAGCUUUUGGAGAAUUUAGGUCCGGGAAAACGCAACUUGCGCAUACUCUGUGCGUCUCUACGCAGCUUCCUACCCACAUGCGGGGAGGGAAUGGAAAGGUUGCAUACAUCGACACUGAAGGAACUUUCCGACCUGAUCGAAUUGUGCCUAUAGCUGAAAGAUUUGGCAUGGACCCGGGAGCUGUACUUGACAAUAUCAUAUAUGCUCGCGCCUACACUUAUGAACAUCAACAUAACCUCCUGCUAGGCCUUGCCGCAAAAAUGUCUGAAGAACCAUUUAAACUUCUGAUUGUUGACUCUAUCAUUGCUCUUUUUCGAGUGGAUUUUACCGGAAGAGGAGAACUUGCAGAGCGCCAGCAAAAACUGGCGCAGAUGCUGUCCCGAUUAACUAAAAUUGCAGAGGAGUUUAAUGUAGCAGUUUACAUGACUAACCAAGUGGUUGCAGACCCAGGUGGAGGAGUGUUCGUAUCAGACCCCAAAAAACCAGCAGGAGGCCACGUUCUUGCUCAUGCUGCUACGGUAAGAUUGAUGUUCAGAAAAGGCAAAGGCGAACAACGCAUCUGUAAGGUGUUCGAUGCCCCUAAUUUGCCAGAGUCUGAAGCUAUAUCCUUACUUUCUUGACGGAAGCACGUAUUUCAGAUAACACCAGGGGGCAUUGCAGAUGCAAAGGACUGAUGUCUCUUGCGAUGGCAGAAUAACAGAUGCAGCACAGGUUUAAGUGUUUAAUUUUUCAUCUAGUUACUAGAUACGUAUUUUUAACGUGGUAGUGAAGUGACAAACAUGUAGGGCGUCCAUGUGUACAAGUGUA